AUGAAUCGGCCGUCUCGCACAGAGGAUGACCUCCUCCAUCCCACUUGGAACCAGAACCCGCCGUUUCUCGCCCCUGACCUUACCACUUGCGAGGAUCUGAACGGGAUUGCCAACUCCCGCAUGUUAAAGAAGGCAUCGGCAGCCACAGCGGCGGCAUUCGGGUUGUUGGAUAGACCGGGUUCACUGACCGACACAGACAAGGAGUCGGACGGCCGCCUGGUCGUGGACUUGCGACCUCCUCGGCCCGUCCCCCGCGGCCGCAGCAGCAGCACCGUCCCCCAGGCCCCGACAACCAAGGCUACUCUGAGCCUCCGCGCCCUCUCGAGGAGGGACGAGUGCGAAAAUGGCGGCGUCAGCCCCGAGGACUACAACGUGCCCCUGCACGUCGGAGCCCUCCUCAUCGUGAUGUUUGUGUCGUCCCUGGCCUGCGGCUUUCCCAUGAUUGCCCGGCGCUUCCCGGUCCUCCGCAUUCCCGAGGGCUUCUUCUUCGCCGUCCGCCACUUUGGCACCGGCGUGUUGAUUGCCACGGCCUUCAUCCACCUCUUGCCCACCGCCUUCAUCUCUCUCGGCAACCCCUGCCUCUCCGCCUUCUGGGUCCAGGACUACCCAGCCAUGCCCGGCGCCAUCGCCCUGGGCGGCGUCUUCUUCGUCAUCAUCAUCGAGAUGCUGCUCACCAGCCCUUCCCGCCACCACUCCCACUGCGGGCCCCCACUUCCGUCCUCAGGACCGCGGGGGCCGGCGACGCCCCUUUACCCCCGGCAACGACUCGAGCUCCUCCCUCGACGAGAUCCAACUCCACCCCCGCACCCCGCUGCUGCCGCCGCCCCCGGCGAGACCCUCGGGGCCCGCGACCGCACUUCGCCCGCCGCCGACAAGGCCGUGCAAGUGCGAUCCCCCGACAGCGCUAGCCUCGAGAUUGCUAGCGCCGCCCACAUGCUCUCUCACGAGCAGCGCCUCAAGAAGGAGGUGCUGCAGUGCGUCUUGCUCGAAAUCGGCAUCUUGUUUCACAGCGUGUUUAUUGGCAUGGCGCUUAGCGUGUCUGUUGGAAAGGACUUUAUUGUUUUGUUGAUUGCUAUUGCUUUUCACCAGGCCUUUGAAGGUCUGGCUCUCGGCUCCCGCAUCGCCGAUAUUGACUGGGCCGACAAUCCCUACCGCCCCUGGCUCAUGGCUCUUGCCUACGGUGUCACCACUCCGAUUGGCCAAGCCAUCGGCCUCGCUACUCACCACCUCUACAACCCAGGCUCCGCUUUCGGCCUUGUUCUCGUUGGAACUAUGAACGCGAUCUCUUCGGGCCUUUUGAUCUACGCGUCCCUCGUUGAGCUCCUGGCCGUUGAUUUCCUGAGCGACGAGAGCUGGGAGGUCCUCCGUGGCAAGAAGCGAGUCAUUGCUUGUGUCAUUGUCUUUGCUGGUGCCUUUAUGAUGGGCCUCGUCGGAGCCUGGGCAUAA